AUAAUAUUAACCCUGUUCGACACUUCAAAACGUUCUCCUUGGCUCAUAAAUUUUCGACAGCUACAGUACUCAAGCCCAGCUUUCUGUUCUACUUUACUCUCCAUUUAGUCCUUCUAUCUCUCAUAUGAAGUGGAUUUUCCUCGCCAUUCAUUGUUGCCUGUUGCUUUUGGCUUUCAUAUCGGCCGUGAGCGCUGGCAAAGUACGAACACACCGUGUUAAUUUAAAAAAGUGCUAUGAUCAUGUUACCCUAACACAAUAUUGGAUACCAAAGCAAGGGGAUGAAGAUAUGCUAAAUGGAGGAAAAAAAGUGGAAUUAUCGGGAGCAAAGACGAUGCCAUUGAAAGACCGAGAUGGCAAAGUCAUCGCCAAGGUAUCCAAAAGUACUUACGAGAAAUUCCGCAUGGAAGGUACUGGAUUACUGGAAAACGGAGUGAUGGUGAACCUCGACAGUGGCGAAAACACGUUCCUCAAAGUUGACCGGAAAAAGAACCCUUUCGGCGUUGGUGCAGGUGAUAACACUGGGCUGGUCCCGUGGGUGAGCGUUGCAUCAAACGAUGUCCGACGGGGCACCAAACUCUAUAUUAAAGAUUUGGAUGGCGUUGAAUUACCGAAUGGCAAGAAGCACAAUGGGUGUGUACGCGUGGACGAUGAAAGCUGGAGCUUUGACCGUUGCCAACUUGAUUUCUUCGUUCUGCAAUAUUCAGCCUACCGUGCAAUGGAAAAAGUCGUACCCAACAAGGUCCACGCAGAGCCGAAAGACUGCGAAUUGGGAGAUUACGUUACAUCAGCUGUAAAGAAAUGGGCUGCUGUACAAAAAAAAUAGGAGAGAAUUUUAUUGAUCAUGAUCUGAGAAGAUGGAUGUAUGUAAUGUUAUGGAUUUUGUAAACAAUGAAGUAUGAGCCAUAGAUAUAAACGAGAAUAUGCUUUCCUAUUGUUAUAUUUGAAUAUCCCAGCACGAUAUAUGCGACAUGAAGCAAGCAUUUAGUCCCUUCUCACGCCAGACAAUCUCAUUUUCUGUUUUUUUCGUGUAAACACGCGGAUCCUAACAACACAAACCAACAGGAGACACUGAAGUUUACUGGCAAC